CUGAAAUACUAUGAAACAAACAGCCGUCUCUCUUCUUUCUUUCGAGACACAGCUGCGUUAUCCAUUAUUUUUCGGAAGGAGAUUAACAACCAUCUUGCCUCUGAUUUCUUUCUUUUCAAGAUAACUCGAACAACGUUUUCAUCUGGGUUAAUGGCGAAACGAAACAAAUGACCAGCAGCCCCUUUUUAUCCGCAAACCUUCGAAGCACUACCUGUCAAGCCACGGCAUUCUCACCAUUUUUCUCUACUUUUCUUCGCUUGGAAUCCUAAAAACAAGGAUUCGACUUCAACGAGGAGCCCUUCUAGCUGAUCGAUGUUGACUGGACCUUGCUCCUUGAAAUGAUGUUGUUAGUGAGUAGUUGCAGGGGUUUGUGUCGAAUUAGCAGUAUCCGACGCCCUGUUAAGAGUCUAGCAAGACACAGUACAUUUCUCACUUUGGAGACUUCCUUGCCAAGGAACCAUCGUUUCUUAUAUCCCUCCCUCUAUAGGAGACAGGAAGUUUACAAAAGGCUUUUUUGUUCAGUGACGACUGGACCAUUGCCAAAGCACGCCCAAGAAUUGAAUAUGGAGGCCCCAAAAGAAAUUUUCUUGAAAGACUACAAGAAGCCUGAUUACUACUUUGAUACUGUGGAGUUGAAAUUUUUACUGGAAGAAGAUAAGACAUAUGUCUUUUCAAACAUAUCUGUUUUCUCUGCUCAUGAAGCUUCAGUCUCUGCUCCUUUAGUCUUGGAUGGUCGGGAUCUAAAGCUGGUCUCGGUCAAGAUUGAUGGGAAGGAGCUAAAAGAGGGAGAAUUUCAUGUGGACUCACGCCAUUUGACGCUUUUAUCCCCACCAAAUGGUAAAUUCACAUUGGAAAUUAUUACCGAGAUAUACCCUCAAAACAACACUUCAUUGGAGGGUCUAUACAAGUCCUCUGGAAAUUUCUGCACACAAUGUGAAGCAGAGGGCUUUCGAAAAAUAACUUUCUUUCAGGAUCGUCCUGAUAUUAUGUCAAAAUACACAAUUCGCAUUGAAGCUGAUAAAAGCAAAUAUCCGGUCUUGUUGUCCAAUGGGAAUCUCAUAGAUCAAGGUGACAUUGAGGGUGGCAAGCAUUUUGUUGUUUGGGAGGAUCCAUUCAAGAAGCCGUCAUAUCUGUUUGCCUUGGUUGCUGGGCAACUGGAGAGCAGAGAUGACACAUUUCUUACUCGUUCUGGCCGUAAGGUCACUCUCAGGAUCUGGACUCCCUUUGAGGAUUUACCAAAGACUGCACAUGCUAUGUAUUCUCUUAAGGCAGCCAUGAAGUGGGAUGAAGAUGUUUUUGGUUUGGAAUAUGAUUUAGAUCUUUUUAAUAUUGUUGCUGUUCCAGACUUUAAUAUGGGAGCAAUGGAGAACAAGAGUUUAAAUAUUUUCAAUUCAAAGCUUGUUUUGGCAUCUCCGGAAACUGCUACUGAUGCAGAUUAUGCUGCAAUUUUAGGUGUAAUUGGUCAUGAGUACUUCCACAACUGGACUGGUAAUAGAGUGACAUGUCGGGAUUGGUUCCAGCUUAGCUUGAAGGAAGGAUUAACUGUCUUCCGUGAUCAGGAAUUUUCGUCUGACAUGGGAAGUCGCACUGUGAAGCGCAUUGCUGAUGUUUCAAGGCUUCGGAAUUAUCAAUAUCCUCAGGAUGCAGGUCCUAUGGCUCAUCCUGUGCGACCACAUUCCUACAUUAAGAUGGACAACUUUUAUACAGUUACGGUAUGUCUUGGCAUCUUGAUACUAUGUUCAGUUGUCAUAACUCUUGUGCUUUUCUUUGCUCCCCAUUCCAUCUUUUUAUUCAUGGCCACUCAUUUAGUCUUGGUUUUUUCAAUGCAGGUGUAUGAAAAGGGGGCAGAAGUAGUCAGAAUGUAUAAAACCUUGUUGGGUAGUGAAGGUUUCCGAAAGGGUAUGGAUUUGUACUUUAAGAGACAUGAUGGACAUGCUGUAACAUGUGAGGAUUUCUUUGCAUCUAUGAGGGAUGCUAAUAAUGCAGAUUUCGCGAAUUUCUUGCUUUGGUACUCGCAAGCUGGGACACCUAUUGUGAAAGUCUCUUCAUCUUAUGAUGUCGAGAAGCACACAUUUGCGUUGAAAUUCAGCCAAGAGGUGCCACCAACUCCUGGUCAGCCAGUCAAAGAGCCCAUGUUUAUACCAGUUGCAACAAGUUUGCUUGAUUCUCACGGCAAGGACAUGCCCCUGUCUUCUGUUUAUCAUGAUGGCAAACUGGAGUCUCUUGUUAUUAAUGGUCAGCCGGUCCAUACAGCUGUUCUUCGAGUAACAAAGAAGGAAGAAGAAUUUGUUUUUUCUGAUGUACUUGAGAAGCCUGUUCCAUCUUUGUUAAGGGGAUUUAGUGCUCCUAUCCGUCUCGAAGCUGAUUAUUCUGAUAGUGAUCUCUUCUUUCUUCUUGCCAAUGACUCGGAUGAAUUCAACCGUUGGGAGGCAGGACAGAUUUUGGCCAGGAAGUUAAUGCUCAGCUUAGUUGCAGACUUCCAGCAAAACAGGCCUCUAAUUUUGAAUGCAAAAUUUGUUGAUGGGUUCAAAAGCAUUCUGCGCAACAGUAAUUUGGAUAAGGAAUUCAUUGCAAAGGCUAUAACUCUCCCUGGUGAGGGGGAGAUCAUGGACAUUAUGAAAGUUGCGGAUCCUGAUGCUGUUCAUGCAGUCAGAACUUUCAUCAGAAAGGAGCUUGCUGUGCAGCUGAAAGCUGAUUUCCUUUGCACGGUACUAGAAAACAAGUCCUCCGAGCAAUAUGAGUUUAACCAUUCUAAUAUGGCCAGGCGGGCACUAAAGAACGUAUCACUUGCAUAUCUUGCCUUACUUGAUGACCCAGAAUGCACUGAGCUUGCUCUGCGUGAAUAUAAAACGGCCACAAACAUGACAGAUCAGUUUGCAGCUUUAGCAGCGAUUACUCAGAGGACUGGCACAAUCACUGACAAGGUUUUGGCCGACUUCUAUGAUAAAUGGCAGUACGACUUUUUGGUUGUCAACAAAUGGUUUGCACUUCAAGCAAUGUCAGAUGUUCCUGGCAACGUUGAGAAUGUUAAAAAGCUAAUAGACCACCCAGCAUUUGACCUUCGCAAUCCAAAUAAGGUUUAUGCUUUGAUUGGUGGUUUUUGUGGAUCCCCUGUGAAUUUCCAUGCAAAAGAUGGAUCAGGUUACAAAUUUUUGGGAGAGAUGGUCGUCCAGCUAGACAAAAUAAACCCACAGGUGGCUUCAAGGAUGGUGUCGGCUUUUUCUCGAUGGAGACGUUAUGAUGAGACCCGUCAAACCCUUGCUAAGGCGCAGUUAGAGAUGAUAAUGUCAGCUAAUGGACUAUCCGAGAAUGUUUUUGAGAUUGCUUCAAAGAGUUUGGCAGCUUAAGGUUUUAUUUUUAACAGUGUCAAUGUUUAUUUGUCCACAAUUCAACCUUUAUAUUUUGACUCAAAAUAAUUGAAAUUUCUUUACAA